CAGUUUUGCGUCUCCUAGCCCGACGCGCCCGCUAUAAUCACGUGAUUGCCUCAUCCGGGUCCUUUGCGUUCUCUCUCCCUCUCCCAACAUGGCGGCCUCAGCAAAAAAGAAGAAUAAGAAGGGGAAGACUAUCUCCCUAACAGACUUCCUGGCUGAGGAUGGAGGGACUGGUGGAGGAAGCACCUAUGUCCCCAAACCAGUCAGCUGGGCUGAUGAAACAGACGACCUGGAAGGAGAUGUUUCAACUACUUGGCACAGUAAUGAUGAUGAUGUGUAUAGGGCACCUCCAAUUGACCGUUCCAUCCUGCCCACUGCUCCACGGGCUGCUCGGGAACCCAAUAUUGACAGGAGCCGUCUUCCCAAAUCACCACCCUACACUGCUUUCCUAGGGAACCUGCCCUAUGAUGUGACAGAAGACUCCAUUAAGGAAUUCUUUAGAGGAUUAAAUAUCAGUGCAGUGCGUUUACCACGUGAACCCAGCAAUCCAGAGAGGUUGAAAGGAUUUGGUUAUGCUGAGUUUGAGGACCUCGAUUCUUUGGAUGAUCGUUCUUUUGGCCGAGAUAGAAAUCGGGAUUCUGACAAAACAGAUACAGACUGGAGGGCCCGUCCUACCACAGACAGCUUUGAUGACUACCCGCCUAGAAGAGGUGAUGAUAGCUUUGGAGACAAGUAUCGAGAUCGAGAUCGAGAUCGUUAUGAUUCAGACCGAUACCGUGAUGGGUAUCGGGACAGUUACCGUGAUGGUCCACGCCGGGAUAUGGAUCGAUAUGGGGGCCGUGAUCGCUAUGAUGACAGAGGCAGCAGAGACUAUGAUAGAGGAGGGUAUGAUUCCAGGAUAGGCAGUGGCAGAAGAGCAUUUGGUAGCGGGUACCGGAGGGAUGAUGACUUCAGAGGAGGCGGGGACCGCUAUGAAGACAGAUACGAAAGACGUGACGAUCGGUCAUGGAGCUCCAGAGAUGAUUACUCUCGGGAUGAUUAUAGGCGUGAUGACAGAGGUAACCAUUUUCUUUUAGAACGAGAAGUAGAGGAGCGGCUACAGAAGGAACAGGAGAAACUGCAGCGUCAGCUGGAUGAGCCAAAACUAGAGCGACGGCCUCGGGAGAGACACCCAAGCUGGCGAAGUGAAGAAACUCAGGAACGGGAACGGUCAAGGACAGGAAGUGAGUCAUCACAGAGUGGGACCUCAACCACCUCUGGNUCAAUGCCAUUAUCAAUUAGUAUACCUCUAAAGGUAAUGCCAGCCCCUCCACCAAAGGAGAAUGCUUGGGUGAAGCGAAGUUCUAACCCUCCUGCUCGAUCUCAGAGCUCAGACACAGAGCAGCAAUCCCCUACAAGUGGUGGCGGGAAAGCCGUUCCAGCGCAGCCAUCAGAGGAAGGACCAGCAAGGAAAGAUGAAAAUAAAGUGGAUGGGGUGAGUGUUCCAAAAGGCCAAAGUGGGAACUCCAGCCGUGGGCCAGGAGAUGGAGGGAACAAAGACCACUGGAAGGAGUCAGAUAGGAAAGAUGGCAAAAAGGAUCAAGACUCCCGAUCUGCACCUGAGCCAAAGAAACCUGAAGAAAAUCCAGCUUCCAAGUUCAGUUCUGCAAGCAAGUAUGCUGCUCUCUCCGUUGAUGGUGAAGAUGAAAACGAGGGAGAAGAUUACACCGAAUAGACCUCUACGUCCUGUGCUUUCUCCUAGUCUCUCUCCACCCUGGAACAUUUGAGAGCAAAUCAAACCUCCAUCCAGACAAGACAAAAUAAAACUCACCAUCUCCUGGAGACCUUUCUUAACUUUUUUUUAAAAAAGCAAACCGAAAUGAAAUGAAAUGAAAUGAAAUGAAAUUCUUUUGCAUGCUGCUGCAGCCUUUAAAGUAUUGAACUAACUGGAGAAUCGCCAUUGUAGCCAGAGAGAAAGAGACGUAUUUUAACGGAAAAGUUGUGCAUUUUUAUGACACAUGCGAUUGCCUGUGUGAUUAGUGCCUAGGGGCCACCAUUUAGCAAAAUGGCAAUGACAGUGAUGCAAUGUCUGGAAUCUGGUUGGGCAGUAGACAAGUAUGAGGAAGAGAUUUCUACCUUUAAUUCUUAUUGUCCUAAUGUGGCAUACAUGAAUCCUCUAACGUUAUCUGGAUAAAUUCUCCAUCCUUGGAAAGGUAGGUUUAGUCUCUGAAGCUGUUCUAGUCUCCAGGAGGCUGCCAGCCCCUCGUAUUUAGUGCUGAGUUACAGGGGCCAGCCUAGGGGGAAUUCCUUCAUUUUUACCCCCCAGGGGGGUAGCUGGGAAUGCAUCUACAGGCCACUAAAGAAGAGGACUGCUUGGUGACCAAAAUAAGUGGGAAAAUCGUGGUUUGAAAAGGAGCUUUGGGGAUGUGAUGAAUUAUUUUGCGCCAGUAAUAGGGGAAAAUGGUAUGACCUCCAAUAAACAUAUGAAUGGUUACUUCCUGGAGCAGGAAGCACUUUAGGGGUUGUGGGAAUUCCCAAGUCUCUUAUGUGUCCUGGUUUCACCCUUUCUUAAACACUGUACUUUCUGAAAGUUCAAAUGUACCCAUAUUCUGUUGAAACCUUGAGGCUUUAAAAAUUUAGACUCUAGUUGUCUUACGUUCGUCAUGCUAGUCUUCCCUGGUACCUCCCUAAAAGCAGGUUCUGUUUAAGCCACAUACCUAAUCUAGGCAUUCCGUAUCAGUCUCUGGCAGCUGUCAAAUGAGGAAUCGCUGCUUUUCUCAAGCAAAUUUUAGCUCCUUCAUAUUUUUUGACUCCUAUUCUGCUCCUGCUCCUUUGACCCCUUUUACAACUCAGAAAACUCUAGAAUGAAUGUUCUUAGGUGGUGAGUGAGGGUGGUUAAAUAAGGAACAGUUAAAUUGGGAUCCUUUCUUAUGACCUUGAUUGGGGUUUUUGUUUGGGUUUUUUUUUUGGUUUUUUUUUUUAAACAAGUUUCCUUUUCUCCACUGAAAUCCCACACCAAUGUUUGGAUUUAUAAUGUGGCCUACACCAAUGUGUGGUUUUGUUUUGUUUUUUUUAGCUUCCCUUGAGAGAAUAAAUGAUAAUGGAGAGAACUAUUUAACAAGGUACUGGUUUCUCUUGCAACACAAUAGCUUAACUUGCCUGCUUGUAUGUGCACCUUUUAUUGUCAGCUCAUUAGAUGGCAUCCUUAUGGGCAAUAUUGGUACCUGCAGAGAAAUGACACCUUGGUCUCUUGUUUGCAAGCCCUUCUCCCAUCGGUCCUAGGUUAGACUGUCCAGCCAUGCAGGGGUGUUGGUUUAUGAGUGCUGCAGCAGUGGGCAUAAUGAAUCAUUGACCCAGUGGACACAAAAGACGUACCAAGUGAAAUUAAAUAACUGACUUGAGAGGCUAGUAGCUAGGAAGUGGCUUUUAGAGAGGGAUAGCCAAGGUUGUAAAGGUUUUGUUUUUUUUUUAACCAUUUGUAGAUGAUGAAAAGGUAGGGAUUGCCCUCUUCAUGUCUACUUCCUAAUAGUUGUAUCCAAAAAAAAGCGUUUGUUUUUUUUCCCACUCCCCUACCCUGUCCCCCAUUAAAACAGAAACAGGGAUUUAUGUCCCGUUCCUCAAUACAUGUAAAAUUUGUACAAAAAUAUCUUCUAUGAAAAUGAUUUGUAAUCUGUAGACUUAAUACCUGGGAGAUGUCUUGAGAUGUGAAUCCCAUCCUUUGGGUUGUGGGGUUUUUUUGUUUUCUCCAAAUAAAUCUGAUCUUUAAAGUUCA